UUCACCUAGCUCUGAUCCCUCUGUGCGUGCAUGCUUACAUAUGAGGUUCAAUGGAUGAUCAUGAAUCAGCAAAGGAGGAAGUCAAUCCAGCCGUCAUGUUGAAAAAUCAAUCGGCCGAGAAAGGAGCGAACAGAGGGUCAUGGACUGAUGAAGAAGAUCGAAAACUGGCUGAAGCUAUUGAGAUCUAUGGUCCAAAGAGAUGGAAGACUAUAGCAUCCAAAGCAGGCCUUAAAAGGUGCGGUAAGAGUUGUAGGCUGAGAUGGAUGAACUAUCUGAGACCACACAUCAAGCGAGGAAACAUAUCUGAUCAAGAAGAAGACUUGAUUGUUAGGCUUCAUAAACUUCUGGGGAACAGAUGGUCCUUGAUAGCGGGAAGGUUGCCAGGUCGAACGGAUAAUGAGAUCAAGAAUUACUGGAAUUCUCAUUUGAGCAAGAAAGUUCACCAAAAGGAGAAACAAAGCAAGGGAACUGCAGAAAUGGGAUGCUCUAGGAUUCGGAAGAAAAGGAAGGCGAUGAUGAAUGAGGUUAAAGCGGAUAGGACGAGAGAAGGGAAUUCAUCUUCUGGUGGUGCUCCUGGAGAUUCAAAACUGAGCUUCGAUGUAGACGACUUCUUUGAUUUCUCCAACGAGGAUCCUAUGACUUUAGAGUGGAUCAGCAAAUUCACCGAAAUGGAUGAUGGCUGACACCUUGAUCCUCUUUCUUAUUACUAGUAGAACCUAUUGCCUCCAAAAUUAGUGGAUAACCUAACUACUAUGUAAAUAGGUGGGUUGCUGCUACCGCUGUCCAAGAUGUCGGAACUUCCGUUAUAUUGCUCUACGUCCAAUAAAAAUCUGUAGAUUACUUAAAUAAUUUGCAGUUUAGACAACGUAUGGUUGCUCUAAAUU